CAAUCUGGUACUAAAUACAAUCAUUUGAAGAAGUAAAAAUGUCUCUAGCCGAUGAAUUAUUGGCAGAUUUAGAAGAGAACGAUGAACAAAUUGAUGAAGAAGUGCAAGAUGCAGAUAUAGAAGAAUUUGAAGUCAAACCAGACAUAAAGGAAAUUGAAAAGUUUGAACAAAACACUACACAAAUUAAAUCAGUCCGGGAAUUAUGUACCUUAAGAGAUUCUGAAAGGUUGUUCAAUGUUAUACAACAAAUCGAAGAAUAUCAACUGAAACCCCGUAAAAAUAACGAUAUCAUAGGUCCAGUAGAGUCAGAUCCGGAAUAUCAGCUAAUUGUAGAAGCUAAUAAUGUAGCAGCAGAAAUUGAUAAUGAAAUCAUAACAAUUCAUAAGUUUGUUAGAGAUAAAUAUCAAAAAAGGUUUCCAGAGUUAGACUCCCUUGUUGUUAGUCCAUUAGAAUAUGUACGAACUGUGAAAGAAUUAGGUAAUGAUCUUGAUCAAGCAAAAAAUAAUGAAAUAUUACUCCAGUUCUUGACCCAAGCCACAAUUAUGGUGGUCUCAGUAACAGCAUCAACUACUCAAGGAACAUUGCUGACUGACGUUGAAAAGAAACAGAUUGAUGAAGCUUGUGAUAUGGCAGUUGAAUUGAACAAUAUAAAAUUGAAAAUAUAUGAAUAUGUUGAAAGUAGAAUGGCAUUUAUUGCGCCAAACAUGUCAAUAAUUCUUGGGGCAUCCAUUGCUGCAAAAAUGAUGGGUAUAGCUGGAGGUUUAACUAAGCUUUCCAAAAUACCAGCUUGUAAUGUUCUCUUAUUGGGCCAACAAAAAAAAACAUUAUCAGGAUUUUCUCAGGCAAAUAUGCUUCCUCAUACAGGAUUUGUCUAUUUCACUGAAAUUGUUCAAAAUACUCCACCAGAUCUGAGGAGGAAAGCUGCUACACUAGUAUCAAACAAAUGUGCAUUAGCAGCAAGGGUGGAUGCUUCCCAUGGAUACCCUGAUGGCAGUAUUGGCAGGCAAUUGAGGGAUGAGAUUGAACGUAAAUUAGACAAGCUUCUUGAACCACCACCGGUUAAAUUCAUUAAACCUCUUCCAAAACCAAUAGAUCAGUCUAGAAAAAAGCGUGGUGGAAAAAGAGUUCGCAAGAUGAAGGAAAGAUAUGCAAUGACAGAGUUCAGGAAACAUGCGAAUCGGAUGAACUUUGCUGAUAUUGAAGAAGAUGCCUAUCAGGAAGAUUUGGGAUACACAAGAGGAACCAUUGGGAAAACUGGUACUGGUAGAAUCAGAUUACCACAGGUAGAUGAAAAAACUAAAGUUCGAAUUUCAAAAACUCUACAAAAGAAUCUACAGAAGCAACAAAUUUGGGGUGGUAAUACUACAGUGAAAAAGCAAAUUUCUGGUACUGCUUCUAGUGUCGCUUUCACACCUCUACAGGGUCUAGAGAUUGUCAAUCCUCAAGCUGCAGAAGUGAAAGUGAAUGAAGCGAAUGCUAAAUAUUUCUCAAAUACUUCAGGUUUUUUGAAGUUGGAAAAGAGUUAAGAGAAUUGACAUUAUUUUGAUUAACUUGAUAUAUUUCAAGUGAGCAAAUCUUGAAUAUAUAUUCCCAAUAAUUUUUUUGUACAUAAUAUACUAUCAUAAUAUAAAAAAAAUGUGA